UUAACAAACGCUUUUCCUUAGCUUGUCAUUUUAUGCAAAGCGUAGCUUGUCAUUUUAUGCAAAGCCUUAAAUAUUUAAUCUUUCUCUGUUUCUUUGCUCGUUCUUCUUUUCCUGUGUGAUUCAUAACGAUGGCUCGCCGAAGUCGGAGCUCCGGAGGAAGUUCAGGUUCUCGUCCUACUACUGCCCGUCGACCCAACCCUCCCCAGCCCGCUGCUCCAGCUCCACCACCGGCUCCUGUACAUGGUGCUAAUGGAUCCAUGAUGGGAGGUUUUGGUGCUGCUGUUGUUGAUGGCUUGGCUUUCGGUACUGGGGGUGCCGUGGCUCACAGGGCUGUGGAUGCUGUCCUGGGCCCACGAGUUGUCCAUCAUGAAACUGCAGCUACUCCAGUGCAGAACACAAACAAUUAUGGUGAUGUGUGUGGUGGCCAAUCCAAGGCCUUACAAGAUUGCUUGAACAACUAUGGAAGUGACAUCAGCAAGUGCCAGUUCUACAUGGAUAUGUUGCAAGCAUGCCGCAGGAGCUAUGGGGCUGCAUUGGGUGCUUGAAGUUGAUUGUGAUGAAAUCCUUUUAUCCAUCUUGUAGUUAGUGUUUGAUAGGUGAUGUUUUGUCUUAAUCUUGUGAUCUGACGGAAAGGGUUUUUUUAGCUGGUUCAACUCACCACUCUUAUGCAUGUUCUGAAGAAUAUAAACUAAACCUGGAAAGCUGAUUAGCAGUAUUUGAUGUUCCAAUUCU